GUCGCAAAAGGUAUCGGGACGUCACACACGUUGCUGCAGUCGGCUGACGAAAUUGGUUUGAAUUUGCAUUUAUUGUGGAAAACAACCCAACGAAAUGAAGUACUUGACCGCCAAGGAGGUGCGCGACGCCUAUCUGGGCUUCUUCAAGGAGCAAAAGCACAUUUAUGUCCACUCAUCCAGCACCAUACCGCUGGACGAUCCAACGCUGCUGUUCGCCAACGCUGGCAUGAACCAGUUCAAGCCCAUCUUCCUGGGCACCGCCGAUCCCAACAGCGAGAUGUCCAAGUGGGUGCGUGUGUGCAACACACAAAAGUGCAUCCGUGCCGGUGGCAAACACAACGAUCUGGAUGAUGUCGGCAAGGAUGUCUACCAUCACACGUUCUUUGAGAUGCUGGGAAACUGGUCAUUCGGCGACUACUUCAAGAAGGAGAUCUGCACCUGGGCCUGGGAGUUCCUAACGAAGCGCCUAAAUCUGCCCAAGGAUCGUCUGUAUGUUACGUACUUUGGCGGUGACGAGGCCAGCGGCCUGGAACCCGAUUUGGAGUGCAAGCAGCUGUGGCUGGAUUUGGGCCUGAAGCCGGAGCACAUUUUGCCGGGCAGCAUGAAGGACAAUUUCUGGGAAAUGGGUGAGACCGGACCCUGUGGGCCCUGCUCUGAGCUGCACUUUGAUCGCAUCGGUGGACGCAGCGUACCGGAGCUGGUCAACAUGGACGAUCCCGAUGUCCUGGAGAUUUGGAAUCUUGUGUUCAUCCAAUACAACCGCGAGUCCGAUGGCAGCCUCAAGCAGUUGCCCAAGAAGCACAUUGACUGCGGCAUGGGAUUCGAGCGCCUGGUCUCGGUCAUCCAGAACAAGCGUUCCAACUACGACACGGAUCUGUUUGUGCCACUCUUCGACGCCAUUCAGGCGGGCACUGGUGCUCCAGCCUACCAGGGCCGCGUGGGUGCCGAUGACUUCGAUGGCAUUGAUAUGGCCUAUCGCGUCCUGGCCGAUCAUGCCCGCACCAUCACCAUUGCCCUGGCUGAUGGCGGCACUCCAGAUAACACUGGUCGUGGCUAUGUGCUACGUCGCAUUCUCAGACGUGCUGUUCGCUAUGCCACGGAGAAACUGAAUGCCAAGCCGGGCUUCUUUGGCACGCUGGUAAACACCGUUGUCGAGCUGCUGGGCGAUGCCUUCCCAGAGGUAAAGCGAGACCCACAACACAUCAUUGAUAUCAUCAAUGAGGAGGAGCUGCAGUUCCUCAAAACGUUGACGCGUGGCCGAAAUCUACUUAAUCGCACCAUUGAGAAGUUGGGCAGUCAGACCAUCAUACCAGGAGACGUUGCGUGGCGCCUGUACGACACGUACGGCUUUCCCGUGGAUCUCACCCAAUUGAUGGCUGAGGAGAAGUCGCUGGAAAUCGACAUGGCCGGCUAUGAGGCGGCCAAACAAAACUCAUUUGUGCUCUCGCAGGGCAAAGGUGCCAGCAAAAUUGAGGAAAUCAAUCUGGAUGUGCAUGCCAUCUCACAGUUGCAGGAGCAGGGCGUGCCACCAACCAACGAUUCAUUCAAAUAUAAAUACGAGGCUGUGUCGGAGGAGCGGGACUCUGCCUACAACUAUCAGGAAUGCACAAGUAAGGUCGUGGCCCUACGCUUCGAGAAUCAGUUCGUGAACGAGAUUAGCAAUGGCCAGAAGGCGGGCAUUGUGCUGGACAAGACGAACUUCUAUGCGGAGAGCGGUGGCCAGAUCUUCGAUCAGGGUGCACUUGUCAAGCUGAACGACGAGGCUAAUGAGUUCCUGGUCGAUCGUGUCUACAAUCGUGGCGGCUACAUCCUGCACAUUGGCGUUGUCGAGGGCACCCUGAAAGUCGGCGAUGAACUGCAGCUGCACAUUGAUGAGGAGCGUCGUUGGCUCACCAUGAAGAACCAUUCGGCUACGCAUGCCCUCAACCACUGCCUGCUGCAAGUCCUCGGCAAGGAUACCGAACAGAAGGGCUCGCUAGUUGUGCCAGAGAAGCUGCGCUUCGAUUUUAACACCAAGGCCGCCAUGACCAUCGAACAGGUGGCCAAGACAGAGCAGCUAACGAAGGACAUGGUCUACAAGAACGUCCCCAUCUACGCCAAGGAGUCAAAGCUGGCUAUGGCCAAGCGUAUUCGCGGUCUGCGUUCGGUCUUCGACGAGGUCUACCCCGAUCCAGUGCGCGUCAUUUCGUUUGGCGUGCCUGUGGACGAGCUUGAGCAGAAUCCCGAUGCCGAGGCCGGAGAGAAGACUUCGGUUGAGUUCUGCGGCGGUACUCAUCUGCGACGUUCGGGACAUAUUAUGGACUUCGUCAUCAGCAGCGAGGAGGCCAUAGCCAAGGGUAUUCGUCGCAUUGUCGCCCUGACGGGACCGGAAGCCCUGAAGGCCAUCAAGAAAUCGGAGGCCUUUGAGCAAGAGAUUGUCAAGUUGAAGGCCACCAUAGAUGCGGAUAAAUCGGGCAAGGAAUCCAAGGCACAUGUCAAGGAGAUUGUCGAGCUCACCGAACAGAUAUCCCACGCCACGGUUCCCUAUGUGAAAAAGGACGAGAUGCGCAACUUGUUGAAGGGUCUGAAGAAGACGCUGGACGACAAGGAGCGCUCCCUGCGUGCAGCCGUAUCUGUGAAUGUGGUUGAGCGUGCCAAGGAGCUGUGCGAGGCCAAUCCCGGCGCCAAUGUGAUCGUCCAACAACUGGAGGCUUUCAACAACACCAAGGCUCUCGAUGCUGCACUCAAGCAGGUGCGGACCCAGCUGCCCGAUGCUGCUGCCAUGUUCUUCUCCGUUGAUGCUGACUCCAAGAAGAUAUUCUGCCUGAGCUCGGUGCCCAAGAGUGCUGUGGAGAAAGGUCUGAAGGCUAAUGAAUGGGUUCAGCAUGUCUCCCCGACUCUGGGCGGCAAGGGUGGCGGUAAGCCAGAGUCUGCCCAAGCCUCGGGCAGCAAUUACGAGCGCAUCGAGGAGAUUCUUCAGCUGGCCAAAAAGUUUGCAGAGUCCAAGUUGGCCUAAGCUCUCAUAGAUAUACAGAGCAAGUCCUAUAAUUACUCAGAAAUUUGAUACACUUUUUGCAUACUGCUUUGAUCUGUUCCAAACAGCAUUUAAAACGAAGUCUAUCGCUUAUUUAUAAAACAAAAGCAUUUAUAUGCACUUAC